GUUGUUCAGAUGAGGAAACCGAGAGUUAAAGGGGCCGAAAUAAGCAGCGCCAGAGCUCCACUGUAUUCACGGCCGCUACUGCGGCAUCCCGGCAGCCUCGGCCCUUAGCAGAUGUCCCCUCAUCCGCCCCGAGGCACCCUCUUCCCUAGUCUGGUUUUUCAGGGGCCAUUUCUGGCGCGCCCCGCCAGGCUGCCGGCGUCCCUGGUGCCCGGAGACAGGCCCCGCCCCGCCGCCGGUCCUCGAACUCCUGGCUGCCAGGCAACCCUGGCGCAUAGCCCGGGCGUCACUGCUCCACCCCGUCAGGCUGAACCAUUCCCUUCAGAGACUUUCUCAAGAGGGAAGGAGAAAAAGGAACUUGAUGGAACGCCUGAAAGCUGUUCUGCUGCCGUUUUCUCUCCUUAAUUUGAACGAACACUUCUUUUCUUCUUCUAGCCAACUACCUCCUGAAGGGCAACGCAGCAAUUCGCCUCUCCCGCCAGCAUGUCCCCCCCACCAGUCCAGGGCCGCGAGUAGUUCGGCUCGUCAGGGAGGCCGGCGGUCGGCGCCGGUUGGCUCUGAAGCGGGGGCGCGCGCCCGACGUGCGCGUAGGGGGCGGGGCCGCGCGCAGAGGGCGGGGAGGUGGGCAAGAUGGCGCCUGCCGAGUGAUCCUCCUCGGAUCCCUCCUGCCGGCGCGGAGACACCGGGGCGGGGGUCCUGCAGCCGCUACCUCCCUUCCUCCUCUCCCCCGCCCCCGGAGCCUUCCUCCUUCCCUUCCCCCCUCCACCUCGGGGGGCGGGCCUGGUUCUCGGGACACCAUGUCGGACUCUGAGGAGGAGAGCCAGGACCGGCAACUGAAAAUCGUCGUGCUGGGGGACGGCGCCUCCGGGAAGACCUCCUUAGCUACGUGUUUUGCUCAAGAAACUUUUGGGAAACAGUACAAACAAACUAUAGGACUGGAUUUCUUUUUGAGAAGGAUAACAUUGCCAGGAAACUUGAAUGUUACCCUUCAAAUUUGGGAUAUAGGAGGGCAGACAAUAGGAGGCAAAAUGUUGGAUAAAUAUAUCUAUGGAGCACAGGGAGUCCUCUUGGUAUAUGAUAUUACAAAUUAUCAAAGCUUUGAGAAUUUAGAAGAUUGGUAUACUGUGGUGAAGAAAGUGAGCGAGGAGUCAGAAACUCAACCACUGGUUGCCUUGGUAGGCAAUAAAAUUGAUUUGGAGCAUAUGAGAACAAUAAAACCUGAAAAACACUUACGGUUUUGCCAGGAAAAUGGUUUUAGUAGCCACUUUGUCUCAGCCAAGACAGGAGACUCUGUCUUCCUGUGCUUUCAGAAAGUUGCUGCUGAAAUCCUUGGGAUCAAAUUAAACAAAGCGGAAAUAGAACAGUCACAGCAUAUUGUCAGGGCAGAAAUAGUGAAGUACCCGGAAGAAGAUAAUCAACAUACCAGCUCUGCUCAGAGUAGAAUCUGUUCAAUACAGUAGUGCAGAGGGUGGUGAAGGCAGAUAUUGUAAACUACAACCAGGAACCUAUGUCAAGAACUGUUAACCCUCCUAGAAGCUCUAUGUGUGCAGUUCAGUGAGCGCAUUUUUCUUUUGUGUUGAUAGUUCUGGCUGCCCUUCACCUCUGGGUGGGCCUGAGGACUUCUAGGAACUUGUUUUAUCAGUGACCAUCUCUGUAGUUCAGUUAACACUUUCCUCCCAACUUGCUUCAUCAUUGCUGUUGCCUCACAGUGGCAAGCCGCUCCUUGGAUUUGAAAGAAUUCAACUUUGGGACCACACACUUUGAAUUCAAAAUGGAAAACCCAUUCCCUGGACUUAGACUGCUUCGUUGCAAAAGAAUGAUGUUGCUUCUUUGUGUGUCCUUGCUUCUUUUUUCAGUGAUGUAAAUUUUUUUAACUUAAUAUGAAAACUAUCCAAGUCUUGAUCAUCAGCCAGGAUUUUGCCACAGCAAUUUCAUUCUCCUAUCGGAACCUGUAUGUGUCAAAGUAUACUUCAGAGUGCAAACAUUAAGCAAGUAAUAUAUUUUACCUACGGAUACUUAUGAAGACAUUCUUUAGCUAUCUAUUGUGACUAAAAGUAUAUAAAUCUGUAUCUAACUGAAAAUGCUUGAAAUAAGGCUGUAGUAGAAAUAUUUUUUCAUUUUUUAAAAAAGGGCCUAAAUUGUUUAUAUUGUAGUUUGUAACUCACAAAGUAGUGAGUAUUUGAUAUUGUAUUUUUAUUACUGUAUCAUUGUCGUUAUGUAUUGUGUAAUACUCAGGUUUGAAGGCUUUCUGAAUUUUGAUAAAUGUUCAGCUGAUGCUCCACAUGGAAUUUCUCCUGCAAACUGCGUAAGAGUACUCCCGCAAAUGAGUUACGACAUUGUGGAUCAGACUGUACCUGAUGUUCAGAUGUUUUUCUUUCAUGAAUAAAUUUAUUUAAAUUAC